AUGAAGAAGCUGGUGAUCAAGCCGUACCGCCAGAACAUGGGCAUGGACCAGGCGCGCGCCGCGGAGAUCUGGGCGUCGCUGCGCACGGCCAUCUACGAGAUCUUCUCGCACAACGCGAGCCUGCUGUCGUUCGAGGAGCUGUACCGCAACUCGUACAACCUGGUGCUGCACAAGCACGGCGACCUGCUCUACAGCGGCGUGGUGGGCGUCAUCACCGAGCACCUGCAGGGCGUGGCGCGGCAGGUGGCCGCCGUGUCGGACGACCUGCUGCUCGUGGCGCUCAAGGACCAGUGGGUGGAUCACCAGGUCGUCAUGACCAUGGUGCGGGACAUCCUCAUGUACAUGGACCGCACCUACGUCACGCAGAAGCGCAAGCUGCCCGUGUACGACAACGGGCUCUACAUCUUCCGCGACGCCAUCGUGCGCCACGACAGCGUGCGCGACCGCCUGCGCGCGCGGCUGCUGCUCAGCAUCGAGCGCGAGCGCCACGGCGAGCUCAUCGACCGAGACCUCGUCAAGAGCGUGCUGCGCAUGCUCGUGGACCUGGGCGUGCACUCGAACGCCGUGUACGAGACGGACUUUGAGAAGUUCUUCCUCGACACGACGCUCGACUUCUACCGGGCCGAGGCCCAGGCCAUGCUGGACGUGGCCACGUGCCCCGAGUACCUGGAGAAGGCGGAGCAGCGCCUCAACGAGGAGGGCGCGCGCGUGCUGCACUACCUGAACCCGUCGACCGAGCACAAGCUCAAGACCAUCGUCGAGACGCAGCUGAUCAAGAACCAGGCCAAGGCGCUCGUGGAGAUGGAGCACUCGGGCUGCUGGGCCCUGUUCCGCGACGGCAAGACGCAGGCGCUGCGCAGGAUGUACUCGCUCUUCCGACGCGUGCCCAGCACGCUGCCGGAGAUCAGCGACUGCGUGCUGCAGUACAUCAAGACGAACGGAGAGGAGAUUGUCAAGACGCAGUCGAACCCGGAGACGGCGUUGGACGCGUCGCAGUUUGUGGAGAAGCUGCUGGCGCUGCGUGAAAAGUUCAUGGGCUUCUUGUCGGAUUGCUUCUUCGACGACCCGCAGUUCCACAAAUCGAUCAAGCAGGGCUUCGAGGCCUUCAUGAACACGAACACAGUGUGCGCGGGGUACCUGGCGCACUACCUGGACGAGCUGCUGCGGUCAAAGAACCGGUUUGAAGAGGAGAUGGAUACUCGAGUGACGCAGGUCAUCGCGCUGUUCCGGUAUUUGCAGGACAAGGAUGUGUUUGAGGAGUUCUAUAAGGUGCUGCUCGCCAAGCGACUUCUCAACAGCCGCGGCACGUCGGACGAGGCCGAGAAGCUCGUGAUUUCAAAACUCAAGGCAGAAUGCGGCUAUCAGUUCACGUCCAAGCUGGAGGGAAUGUUCAAGGAUAUGAGCAUCUCGAAGGAUCUUAUGGAGCUGUACAGGAAGUCGGGCUAUGACACCAGGGGGAGCGGCUUUAGCAUUGAUCCGUCCGUCGCUCCGAUGCCGCUGUCAGUUCACGUGUUGACGAGUGGAUUCUGGCCGACGGAGAUGUCUCCCAUGUGCGCCCUCCCGCUGGAGCUCGUCCAGCUGACGCAAACUUUUGAAUCGUUCUACUACGCACGGCACAACGGCCGGAAGCUGGCAUGGAUGGCGAACAUGGGUACUGUUGACGUUCGCGCUACGUUUUCUGCCGGCGUGGAGGAUGGCAAGCGCCGGCACGAGCUCAAUGUGUCAACGUACCAAGCAGUCAUUUUGAUGCUAUUCAACCAGCGCGUCGAGUGGCGCUUUAAGGACCUUGUGGACCGUACGCGCAUCGAUGUGAAGGACCUGAAGCGGCACCUGAUCUCGCUGUGCACGCCAAAGUACAAGAUUUUGAUCAAGAGCUCCAAGGGCAAGCGCAUCGACGAGGAGGUCGAUGUGUUCACGAUAAACGAUGCGUACAAGUCCAAGCUGCACCGCGUACGGAUACCGCUGGUGUCGCAGAAGGAGACGUCGUUGCUGCCGGUUGUAGCCUCCAGCUCAAGCAACCCGGCGGAUGCGCUGCCGCCCACUGUCGCCGAAGACCGCAAGCACCUCGUGGAGGCCGCCAUCGUGCGGAUCAUGAAGACGCGCAAGCAGAUGCAGCACAACCAGCUUAUCGCCGAGGUCACGCGCCAGAUGGCGGGCCGCUUCACCCCGUCCCCGCAGCUCAUCAAGCUGCGCAUCGAGAGCCUCAUCGAGCGCGAGUACCUGCAGCGCAGCACCACGGACCGACGCAUGUACAACUAUUUAGCUUGAGCGGUGGCGUAAGCGAUAGCGAUAGCAACCCAU